AUGCCCAUUAUGCUAGCUGUAGCAAAGUUGCUUGAUCAUAAUUAUACACACGUUGAUAACGAAGGGAAGCAUUUUGAGAAGUGGAUAGCUAAACCAUUUAACUCCAGUACAUGGUUCCUACAUGUAGGACACUGCACAUUCUACACAUAUCAGCAUAAUGGCCUCUGCAAGGCAACACUGACAGACAGUCUACAAUGUCCAAUCUGCAAGGAUCUUCUCACCAAGCCGAAGCUCCUACCUUGCUCACACACAUUCUGUGAAGGUUGUCUGACGCAACUCCACUCAACUCAAGUUCUGGGUAAUCGGAUAAUGUGCGCUGUGUGUCGCUCUGUUGCACCUCUGUCCAACAAUAACGUAUCCAAUUUUCCAACCAAUCAAAUUGUCCAGUCCCUUGCAGAAGAUUUCAAAGAGAGAUCGGACAAGAAGAGAGCAACCGAUUCAACGGAUGGCGCUUCUUCCGGCCAACGUUGCACUUUGUGUGAUGCUGAUGAUCAAGGACUUGCUACCUUCUACUGUCAGCAUUGUUCAGAAUUCCUUUGCGACUUUUGUCUAGAGCAGCACAAUAGGUUUACGCAGAAUGGCCAUCACGAGCUCGUUAGUGCUAGAGACAUUGCGUCAGGGGAAAUCAGAACACAACUUGCGUGUAUAGAACAUCCCAGAGAACUGCAGCAGUUCGUGUGUAUCACAUGUCUGGUUCGCAUCUGUUGUAGGUGUUUGGAAGUGGGUCAUCAGCCUGACAGGCAUGAGGUCAUCGGAAUUGAAGAGUAUGAAGAGAGCCACAAAGCAGCAGUUGAUCUUUUGCAGGAAAAGAUAGAACAGAAAACUGCUGUGAUACAAAGCCAUUCGUCCUUUGUGAAGGAGAAGAUUGGCAUGGUUGAAAAUAUUAUCGGCCAACAAAGGCAAGAAAUCGAGAAUGUAUUUGAGGGUGCUGUCGAACGAAUACGACGAAGGAAAGAUCAACUGCUUGAAGAGUGCAACAUCUACCAGAGAUCGCUCUGCGAAGAUCUGGAAGGUAUCAUCGAGUUCCACGAAGACUUCCUUGAGAACCUAUCAACCAAGGUUUCUGUGGUCACCGAAGAGUCUACUGCUCAAUGUGGAGACCAGUCAUUGACCGAGCGCGCUGCACGAGUAGGUGAAAUUGAGGCUCUCGUGAAAGGAGACAACCUUGAUGCAUCUCUUCCUGAAUCUAUAGCACUCCGUGCAGAAUUCCUGACCUUCCAACAAGCUGCAGAGUCCAAGGGUCUUGACCUUGGAACUGUUCAAGUCAAGGAGUGGGAGCUUAGAGAAACGGUGAGUUUUGAUGGAGGUGUGACCUGUUUGGCAGCGACGCCUGAUGGACAAUUGGCUAUUGCAACAAGGAAUGGAGACAUCAAGUUCUUUUCGACCGAGGGACAAUUGCUACAGACUACAGUUAUGGAAGGUGUUCGCGGAUUAGGUUUCUUAAAGGAUGGAAGUUGCGUUGUCCGCCAAACAAAUAAUAAAGUCACAGUGUACUCUCUACAGUGGGAGGAACUCGAUGGACGAUUCGAAACUCUGAGCAAAGAAGAAGAUGGGGUCGGUGGGAUCUCAGUAGACAUUCAUGAUCGCAUCUACCUAGACUACAAGAAGGGCAGGAAGAUACAGAUGUUCUCACCAGGAGGUGGGCAAGCAGAGAAGGAGAUCCCAUGCGACGGGUAUGAACCAUGGCAUGUAUCUGUCAUAGGUCAGGCACCAGAGUCCUAGCUCUUACUCACAGCAACUCGGUAAGGAUCAUUGAUGAUGCGGGGGAUAAGAAACACUUCAUCACAAAGGAAGUAGGUUCUCACAUCCACCCUUCUGUUUGCCAGGAUGGUACCAUUCUCUUGGCCUGUAUGAAUCACAGUAAGGCCGUGUUUAGUAUCGAGCGGUACACUAGUGAGCUCGAGUACACACAGACCCUUGUAGCUGAUCAGAAGAUGGAGAAACCAGAUGGAAAAUGGUGCUUCUUGCAGGAAGUCAUGAGUGGAAAGGUCGUCCUUUGUACUCCAGAUAAGCUAUACAUUUACAGCAAACUGUUUUGGUGAAGAUAUGCUUACUAUUUGAUAGUCCCUCCAUGUCACUCUUCGUAUCUACUAUUCGAAGUUUAAAUUUGAUCGUUUUGUUUUAUAGUUGGAAUAUGCAUGUAAGAAUAAAUGGCAUCAAAUGUUAUCGUAAUUGCAUGUACAUUCCCUGCAUAUCCCUCAAAUUCGUCACUCAUCUAAAAAUUCCAACCAUAGUAUUGCUGCCAGAUCUAUGGGUUUGUACAUGUACAUGUUGACGUACACGGAUCAUUCAAUGUUUUGUGCAAAGUUGCAGUUUUACCUGGCGUGGAAUCGUGCAUAAGUCUAUUCCAACAUUAUUACUGUGGUAACACUCCGUAAAGCAUAUUUCUUUUAGUGUUUUUUUUUUCAUUUAGUGAUUGUUUCUGUAGUAUCGAGAUUUCUCCACUUAGGUAAUGACCUGGUUUUGCACAGGAAUUUUGUCCUUAUUCUCAUUUAAUGAAUAUCACUUAUGAAUGCAAAAUAACAGCGUUCAAAUUAUAUUAAGAGCAAUAGACUUUUGCCUCAACAUUUGUUUAUUCAUUAUAGAAUGCAUUUUUGUAAAGUAACGUCAAAAUGAGGUGUCACAUAAUUUGAAGCAAGAGCGGUUUAAUUUAUCUGGAAACACUGAUAUUAAUUACCAUUUGUACCAUCGUACCAUAUUUUUUCAGUUGAUAUUUUUACUCUACACGAUUAUGUCACAUAACAAACAGUAUGUUGAAUGAAAUGUAAAUUGUAAAAUGUAUCACUCGAAUUAUAUUAUACUCUAUUUUAUUGUAGGAAAUGAUCACACAUCUAUUUGUAUUUAUUAUAGGACAAUUGUAUAUACUUUCUUGUAAUAGCUGUCUUUUCCCAAAUGAAAUGAAAAAGGCUUUUUUUCUAUUAAUACUCAUAAUGUCAUAAUAUAUUGCUUGUUUAUUCAUAAUUAUUUCAAACUAUCAUAAUGGUAUAAUGAUUCAAACUAAUAAUAAUAUCAAUACAAAUAAUAAUAAUAAUAAUAUUGAUAUUGAUAAUGAUAAUAGUAAUAAUGAGUACAAUGUUAUAUUGUUUAAGUAAUUACUCUGGAUAUAGGAACAAUUAUUGUCAAUAAUUUAAAUUCAGAGAAAAUAUCUAUAUAUAGGAACAAUUAUUGUCAAUAAUUUAAAUUCAGAGAAAAUAUCUAUAUAUAAGAAUGUUAAAGUAAUAUUUUUUCUAUAUACUCGUUUUUAUGUUGUAUGUUUCAUGUCACAUGUACAUGUUAUCUAUUUUCCCUGUGAAUAAUGCAUGUAACAGGACAAAUUUCCUUUUGGACCAAUUAAGUUUGAAUUUGAAUUGAAUUUAUACAUGUACUUUCAAAAUUGGGAAUGCAAAAAGUUCAUGAAUCAAACAGUUUUUAUGUAAACAUGAAUAACAAAAACUUUGAAUAC